CAUUAAUUAUCAAAACACAUUACUCAUUCCAUCACAUAUACCAUCUCCUAUGGCCCUCAACUUUCAUUUCAGUUUAGUUGUUCUUGCAACCCUUUUCCUCUUGGGGUUGUCGGCGUUGGCGUCUCAAGCCACCGCCCGUACCCUCGAAGAAACUUCCUUACUCCUGCGCCAUGAGAGGUGGAUGGCUCGCCAUGGGCGUUCGUAUAAAGAUGAUGUUGAGAAGGCAAACCGGUUCAAGAUCUUCAGAGAAAAUUUAGAGUUUAUCGAGUCCUUUAAUAAGGCUGGUAAUCGGUCUUAUAAACUUGGCACUAACAAGUUUACUGAUCUAACUAACGAGGAGUUCCGAGCCACCAUGCUUAAUGAAGAGAAGUCAUCCCCACUCCCUAAGGCUUCAAAACCAGCAUCAUUUUUGAAUGAGAGUUUGGCUCAAGUUCCAGACUCUUUGGAUUGGAGAAAGCAGGGUGCUGUGACUGGUAUCAAAGACCAAGGAAACUGUGGUUGUUGCUGGGCAUUUUCUGUGGUGGCGGCGGUGGAAGGAAUAACGAAAAUAAAAACCGGCCAAUUAAUUUCCUUAUCGGAACAGCAACUCCUCGACUGCGACCGGCAAUACGGCGACGGCUGCAACGGCGGCGUGAGAACCCAGGCGUUCGAAUUCAUAAAGGAAAACGGCGGCCUCGUGGCGGAGUCCGACUACCCCUACGAGGGCGCUCAGGAAGAGAGCUGCAGCGCACAAAACCUCGGCACCCCAGCAGCCGCCAUUACAGGCUACCAAGUGGUGUCCACCACCGAGUCCGCUCUCCUGGCGGCCGUCGCAAACCAGCCGGUCUCCGUCGGAAUCACCAUCGGCGGGGACGUGUUCCAGCACUACCAAACCGGAGUUUUCACCGGCGACGGCAAUGGUGACUGCGGGUCGGGAUACCACCACGCCGUGACGAUCAUUGGGUACGGGACGAGCGGCGGUGGAGAGGAUUAUUGGUUGGUGAAAAAUUCAUGGGGGACCAGUUGGGGUGAGAAUGGGUAUAUGAAGAUGGCCAGAGGGAUCAAUGGUGAUGGAGUUUGUGGGGUUAACACCAGGGCUUCUUACCCCACUGCUUAAAUUUUGCUAUGAAUUAUAUAUUGUUGCCAAUCUUUUGCAAAAACCAAAUUUAUAGUCAUAAAAUUCCUUCCAAAUUUAUAUACAUGUGUUGAAUACUGUGAAAAACAUGUAAUGUAUCAUUAAGUUACAUUGUAUUUCAUAU